AACAUUACAGAAGCGACGGCACCCGCGACUGAUAAGGCGCUAGGGGAGUCGAGCGUCGUAUAGUCGCGUUCAAGUCAGCUCUCUCUGUGGCGACGUCGCAUGGGCUCAAACGCCGAGUGAAGAGCAGCAUUGGCUCGAACGAAACCCCUAAAAUGUCAGGCGCACUGAUUAUUUUUGUGAAGGGAUAUAUCUUCAUAUCCGCGUGCCUCUGCGCUUCGUCGUUCGCCCUGCAGGUAAAUUAUGUGCAGGCGGAGGAGCCCCACGGCAACGUGUUCGAUUGGCGAGGCAUCGAGAGCAACAACACGGACCUGGUGUUCCUGCUCGAUCGCUCCGGCAGCGUGGGACAGGCGGGCUUCGAGGUCGAGACCGGCUUCGUGCACGCCUUCCUCAAGGGCUUCGACGUGGCGCCCAACACCACAAGGGUGGCCGUCAUAUCCUUCAGCGAAGACGCCGUGGUGCACGCCGACUUCCUGAAAGAUCCCGGCAACAAGUGUCACCUCUCCAGGAAGAUGCAAGGCGUGCACAGCGCGAAUCAGGGCGCCACCAACACGGGAGCGGGGCUCCAGGCGGCGUGGGAAGUGUUCCAGAGGAGUCGACCGACGGCUAAGAAGCUGCUCAUCCUGGUGACCGAUGGUAUGGCUACCAUGGGUCCGGAUCCCGUUAAGAAGGCUGAGAAACUUAAGAAAAUGGGCGUCGACAUAUUCGUCUUUGGCAUCGGGAGGAUGUUAAAACAACACCUGGAGCAACUGGCAUCUACUCCUGCCAACGUCUCUGAGUGCGAGAGCUUCUCGGCCUUCCAGAAAACCUUCGGCGAAGGAGGCACGGGAAAUCGCUGGAACCUCGACGACAACCCACGAAACUGCGACUACCUGUGUCGCAGCCCGUACCGAGGCCAGCCGGACGAUCCAGGCUGCUGCGACAAGAACGCCAUCUGUGGGUGCUCCAUGGCCACCGGGACCAGCAACUGCCUGUGCGGUCCCGGAUUCGAGGGUACGGGGCUCGAAGGGCAGUGCAAAGCCUGCAAUCCGGGCACGUACAAGGAAGAGCACGACGACAAGACCCGGUGUAAGAGCUGCCCUCAAAACAGCACGACAGCGCACGAAGGCAGCAGGUCUAUCAAGGACUGCGUCUGCAAGAAGGCCCACGUGGGAGACCCCACCGCGGGAAAGCCCUGCGUCCCGGUGACCUGCCCGCCACUGCAACCGCCGGAACACGGAUCCAUCAUCGACGAGUGCUCGACGGCGUACAAGAGCGAGUGCGAGUUCGACUGCGACGAAGGAUUCGAGCUCAUGGAGCAAGAAAGCGGGGUCAGGACCUGCCAGGAGGAUGGAACCUGGUCCGGGGCUACAGUCGUCUGUGUUCCCAAGCAGUGUGACGAGCCUCCCAUCCCCGAGAACGGGUACGCGGAAGGCUGCGACGGAGAUCGUGCCGUCGGGACCACCUGCACCUACAGCUGCAUCCAGGGACAUCGACUCGUCGGGGAGAGUACCACCGUCUGCACACCUCACAAGACAUGGACAAAUACAGGCGCCGCUUGCAAUCCUGUGGAGUGUCCGCCCCCGCCAUCCCCAGCUUACGCUGCCAGACUCGGUGAUUUUCGACGAAGCCGUCCUUACCUCUACAAGGACUGGAUCAUGCCGCAGUGCCUAAGCGGCUUCGAACUACAAGGCCCUGUCAUCAUAAUGUGUGAGGCGAACGGACAGUGGGUGGGUCCUGAUAAUCAAUCGGCCCUCUUCAGCUGCGUGGACAAGGAAAAGCCUCAGAUCCAGUGCCCUCAAGACGAAGUCCGGCCCGCCGAAGCCCGACGGAGCUAUGCCAGGAUCGCUUGGAGUCAGCCAGAGGUCAAGGACAACAGCGGGGAGGUUCCAUUCAUCCAGAAAAUGCCCGAGAACAUAACGUCUCCUUGGCUGUUCCCGAUCGGGAAAACGGAGAUUCGUUUCAAGGCCACCGACGCUGCUCGCUUGUCGGCAGUGUGCACGUUCACCGUAACGGUGCUCGACAAAGAGAAGCCCUUGAUGACAUCCUGUCCUCAAGACAUCCACGUAAACACGACCGACUUGAAAGUGAAGGUAUCCUGGAGAGAACCCCUAUUUGAAGACAAUUCUGGCUAUGUUUACGUCAAGCAAUCUCACCAUCCUGGAUCCGAGUUUACGCAGGGCUCCACCAAAAUCACAUACACGGGAACAGACGGAAGCCGCAACACUGAGCGCUGCGUUUUCAAGGUCGUCGUGUCGAAGAGCGAGUGCCCCUACCAUCCGCCGCCCGAGAACGGAGCGCUCUCGUGCGACUCCUGGCUCCACGGCGAGUUCUGCCAGCCCUUCUGCAACGAGCGCUUCGACUUCCUGGGCGAACCCGCCGAGGAGUACAUCUGCGACAAGGACCGCACCUGGCAGACCGUGCCCCCUGGUCUGCCGGUUCCCUGGCCCGACUGCGCCGCGACAACGGAACCUUUGGAGCACAGGAGACUACUCAGGGCCCAUUACUACACCGGCGACUGUAGAGAGGCUCAUGUUCAAGAAGCUAUUAAGAGAGCCUUCCGGAACAAUUACUACAGUCGGGUACAGAAGACUGUGCUCUGCGGAUCCGGAGCGCUCUGCAAACUGGACAACGUCAGAGUCAAGUGCGGGAGAACGGGGGACGCAAACCAGCCGCCAAGUGGAACUGUGACCGUGAGGCACCGGAGGUCCCUGGACACCCCCGUGGCUGAUGAGCCCAAUUCCGUGGCUGAGCUGGACGCCGAGUUUUCCCUCGUGCUUGGCGCGAACAACAUCACGGUCACCAACGACACCGAAGAGUUGUCGAGCGCUGCCGACGAAGUGCUCGAGAGCAUCGGAGAGAUCGAGGAUUCCGUCCUGGACGAAGUGAUGGCCGAGGAGAACGCACUCGUCAAGAUGGACCUCAUCGACUUCGCCGUCGGGGACACGCACGUCAUCUGCGCCGAAGGCCAGGCACUGAACGGGAACGAAUGCACAAUCUGCCCUAGCGGCACCUUUCACGACAUGGAGAAGGACCUGUGUUCUCCGUGCCCGAUGGGAACCUACCAGGACGAUGACGGUCGCACCUCGUGCAAGAGUUGCCCUAACGGAACAUCAACGGAGGCUCCAAAGAGGAAAAGCCUAGACGACUGCCAGCCCCCCUGUGCGCCUGGAACUUACUCGAGCACUGGGCUGGGACCCUGCAUGGCGUGCCCUCAGGGAACCUUCCAGGACAAGACGCAGCAGACGUUCUGCCAGUUCUGCCCGCGGGGAAGCACCACCGAAGGCAUCGGAAGCCUCGUCAAGGACAACUGCAAGCGUUACUGCCAGCCCGGGUCCUACUCUAAGAACGGGCUCGAACCCUGCCAGCUCUGCCCCAGAGGUUUCUACCAGACGACGCAGGGACAGAAGACGUGCCAGGAGUGUAGGGUUCCGACAACCACACUCCAGGAGGGGUCCAAGUCCUCGUUUGACUGCAUUCGGGUCGACCAUUGUAGUUCUGCGCCGUGCUCGAACGGAACUUGUCGGAACACGCAGCACGGAUUCCUCUGUGAGCCUUGAACAGUGUUCCUCUCCUCAAAGCCAAACCAGAGGAAUUUGCACCAUAUGCAUGCAUUUGUCCCUCGUGGACAGGUACUAAUAAACGUUGUAAACACCCUU